GGGCGGCGCGGGCGUCUCUCGGCGCUCGCGCUCCGAGUGUGUGUGAGUGAGAGGGAGAGAGCCGAGCGGCUGGGCUGGGUGCGCACAGCCGGGCUUCCUCUGCCUCUCGCUCCGGCUCCGUCUGCUCAAGCGCGGGCGCUGCGGCUCGCGCCCAUCCCGUGAGGCCCCAAGGAAGGGGGUGGGGAGCCCGCGAGCCGGGCGGCAGCCGAGGAGAUGCCCGAGUUCCUGGAGGACCCGUCGGUGCUGACGAAAGACCGGCUCAAGAGCGAGCUGCUCGCCAACAAUGUGACGCUGCCGGCGGGCGAGCAGCGCAAGGACGUCUACGUGCAGCUCUACCUGCAGCACCUCACGGCGCGCAACCGGCCCUCACCUGGCCCCGCGCAGCCCCCGCCGCCGGCCCCGGCCGCUAACAGCCGCGCGCCCCCGGACUUCUCCAGCGACGACGAGCGCGAGCCCACGCCGGUGCUGAGCGUUGCGGGCCGCGGGCGAGGAGGCGCCGCCGCCGGAAGGAAAGCUACAAAGAAAACUGACAAACCCCGCUCAGAGGAGAAAGAUGAUCUUGAUGUAACUGAACUCACUAAUGAAGAGCUGUUGUCUCAACUUGUGAAAUACGGAGUAAAUCCUGGCCCUAUUGUGGGAACUACCAGGAAGCUAUAUGAGAAAAAACUGCUAAAACUGAGAGAACAUGGUCCAGAGUCAAGAUCUUCAACACCUCUGCCAGCAGUUUCUUCAUCAGCAGAAAAUGCUAGACAGAAUGGAAAUGAUGACUCGGAUAGAUACAGUGAUAAUGAAGAAGAGCUCAAGCUUGAGAAGAGAGAGCCAUUAAAAGGCAAGGCAAAGACUCCAGUAACACUCAAGCAAAGAAGAGUUGAACAUAAUCAGAGCUAUUCUCAAGCUGGACUUACUGAGACUCUCUGGACAAGUGGAUCUUCAAAAAGCGGACAUCUGCAGGGAUUAACUAGGGAGCCUACAAGAGGCUCGAGAAGAACUCCAAGGAAAAGGGUGGAAACUGCAGAACAGUUGCGUGUAGAUGGUGAAGUAAUUUCAGAGAGUCUUCCUAUAGCUGAAACUAUAAUGCCUUCAAGCAACGAGACCUUAGUUGUCAAUAGGGUGACUGGAAAUUUCAAGCAUGCAGCUCCUAUUCUGCCAAUCAGUGAAUUCUCAGACAUACCCAGAAGAACGCCAAAGAAACCAUUGACAAGAACUGAAGUGGGAGAAAUAACAUUAACAGAAGACAGAAGAAUUGAAAGAGAUAUUCUUAAAGAAAUGUUUCCCUUUGAAGCAGCUACACCAACAGGAAUUAGUGCUAGUUGUCGCAGACCUAUCAAAGGGGCUGCUGGCAGACCAUUAGAACUUGGUGACUUCAGGAUGGAGGGAACCUUUUCGUCAAAAUAUGUCCCUAAAUAUGCUCCCUUGGCUGAUGACAAGACAGAAAAGACAAGAAAAGGACGCUCCAUUCCCAUGUGGAUAAAGAUUUUGCUUUUUGUUAUUGUGGCAGUUUUCUUGUUUUUGGUCUAUCAAGCUAUGGAAACCAACCAAGGAAAUCCCUUUUCUAAUUUUCUUAAUAAUUCUCAGGCAAAUGCCAACUGAGUGUUAUCUCAAUGGCACACCCAACCAACUUGGUCUCCUAUUUUUAGUAACUAUAGAAAGAACUCUUGUUGGCUCAAGAGCUACUUUUAAAAAUGUGAUUUCAACUUCUUAAAUUUAAUAUUCAUUGAAAAUGAACAAGACAGUACAAAUGGACUCCAGUUUAUAUGUUUUGGACCUUGGACUAGUAGGAGAUCACUUUGUGCCAUAUGAGUAAUCUUUUUUGUAGCUCUCUGGAACCUUUUUGUAGGCUUUAUUUUUUUAAUGUGAGCAUCUUAAUUCUUUUUUGGAAAAAAAAAUGUAUAUUUGUUUUGUGUUUUCGGGAAAUGAAAAGGGCAAAACAUAGUAGAAUAAUGUGAAGCUAAAUGUUUUCAAUGCUCUGAAUUCAUGCAGAAAAGAUUUUUAAAAAUUAUUUCUCCUGGACAGAAAGUUUAGAGAAGAAAUGUGAAACAUAAUCUAAUGCAGGAUAAAGGGAAAUUCAUUGGAGGUUGUGUUUUCUGUAACGGCAGCCAAGUAUUUGACAUUGUUUAUUUGAAAAAGUACAGCAAUAAUCAUUUAUGUAACUUUUUAGUAAUGUUACUUUAAUCCUGUUGUACUCAUUUUUAUAACAAAUUUCUAGUAUCAUGAGUUCUAUUCACCUAAGCAUAGAAUCAGGUUUUACCUGAAGAUCGUUUUUUAGUGUUACAUUUACAUGUUUGCAAAACCUAUUACUGUAGCACCAUAGUUCAAAACUUAAUACUUGUUUUCCCCAGAAACUUUUGUUUCUUAUUGAUUGAUUUAAUCAAUUCCAGUUUACUACUCAAGUAACAUUUAGAUGAAGAUGUGUGUGCAAAGAAUUUAGGAAAUUUAUAACACCAUGCUUACAUUUCUUCCACUCAUUUGACCUAAAUUGUUACAACUAGACUCAUUUCAUUAAGCAAAUUUUGCCAAUUCUUUUUGCCCUAUACGUAAUGUAAUCUGAAUAUAUGUUUCAUAAAUUUUUAUUUUUAAACUGCAUUGUUACUUUCUUGGAUACUCCAUCCUUUACUCAUGAAGUUCUAUACUCUUGAUGUGAGGAGGGCAUUAUAAUGCUAUGUAUAAACUCUUUGUAGUUGUCUUAUUUUUUAAAUUGAAAUUUACCUCAUAUAUAACUUGGUUAAGUAGACAGCUGAGAUUUUGGUAGAAUCAAGUGAAAUGUGUAAAAAUUAAAAGUUGUGCUUUUGAAUUUGAAAUAUACAGCCAUUGGUCACAUAGUAUACUUUAUACAAAUAAGUUAUUUUAAAAUACCAUGUCUUAUAAAGACUGACAUUUCUAAUAAAAGAAUAAAGUAAAGACAUAUGUUUAGAUGGGCGCUAAAUUUUGAUCUGAACUAGACAUAGAUACCCUGUAGGAAUUUUACUUCUUCUGUAGUCAAGACCAGGCACUCUAAUUUCGGAGUAAAGGGGCUGAAAUACCAACUCUUAACCUAGAAAUAUUUGCUGAUUAGAAUAAAAUUGCUUCUUUCUGUUAAGUACAUUACUUCAAGAGAGGUCAUGUUCUACUCUUUCCCACCAGGACAUGACUUGAGUUUUGGUUGUAAUCUUAGUCUAACUUUGUUCUUGAAUUUUUCUCAUUUAAGUUGUUAUGUGUUUAGGUCUCAUGUUCUUCCUUUAGAAAUUAAGAAGCCACAUCUGAUGUUUUAAAAGCUAGGAAAAUCAUCAUGACUUAGUGUUGUAUAUAACAUGAUCAGUUCUCUCAUAGGAAGAAUGCGGUCCAAAAUAGCGCAGGUAGGACUCAGUUAAUCAUCCAGUCAAUUUCUCCCUUCCCUCUCCCCCCCCCCCCCCAAAAAAAAGAAAACCAAACCCAUGUACUCUGUUUUGUCUUUGUCUGUUUUAUGCCACUAGUGUAAAUGUGUUUGAGCAGUAAAUUCAAAGCAUUUCUUUGAUUAAAUUGUAGAAGUAGUGAUUAAUACUUUACAAUACAAUCUGAUUAAUAAAAAAUAAAUAACCUCUAGUUUUGUCAUUGUAAUAAGUGCUUUUCAGAUAGCAUAGGCAAGUUUUUUAAACAAUCCCCAGAUAAUAAAUAUUCUCAUGGGAUAUUGGUGAAUUGUGAUUAUGAUAAAAUCCUUGAAUUUUUUUUGAAUUCUUACAUUAAUAUAUCACUCCACAUUUCAUUUGUAAUAUUUAAAUAAGGCAUUCAUUAAAUCAUGAAUAAGCAAUA